UGUUUCUAUUUUAUUUUGUAGGCAGAGGAAAUCUUAGACGACAACUGUAUAUUAUCUCCCACACAUCUUAGGAGUAUUCUUCAUCUUGCUGUGAUUCUUUCUUUACCAAUAUACAACUGUGAGCAAAGACAGAUGCCAGAGAACUAGCAUGGCUUCCAACGAGCGUGAUCUAGUUGAACGUCUUCUCCGACAAUCUAUUCUCACAUUAUGUCGGGAAACAAUUUCAUAUCAACACAGUUUAGAGGUUGAUGGGAUAGUUUGUAUCACUCCAGAAAAUGAAAACCAACAAAUUGUCAUUAAAGUUCAUGAGCAAAUUCAGAAGACAGGAAGUGGCUCAGAAAAUUCAUUUAUUAAAUAUGAAACACCAAAAUCUUACAAUAGCCAUCUUGCUAAAAGUUAUGAUCCUCUAUCCAUGUCAGAGUCUUUCUGUUCAAGUUAUUCAUCAAAGGACAAUACACGGGAGAGUAAACUUGGUGAUAAUAAAGUAGACCAUAAGGCAAUUAUUAAUGGACAUAACUCUAUUCGUGAAUCUGCUGAUGUUAGCCAGAGUACUGACCACAGCUCUUCACAACAGAAUACGCCAGUAUUGCAAAAAGCACGCGAUAAAGGAAAGAUGUGUAUCAGUUCCAAUAAUAGCUCCAGCUUUAUGCAGGAAAGCCUUGAUGAAAGUUUCUUAAGCUGCUCUGUAGCAUCAUCGAAUACUUCAUUAACAAUGGGAAAUCAAAGUAACACUUCUAGCACCCUGUGUGACUAUUCUCCCAACUUAAUGUUAAACAUGUCUCCAAAUGUCCCUGGUGCCAAGUCUUACACUGCCAUUCCAUGCAAACGCUGUGACAUAGUUCUUCCAGAUGCUCACACUUUUGAAAAACACAACCUUGCUGAGCAUUCAGUUUUUACUUGUAAUAUUUGCUAUAGGACAUUCACUGCCCGUAACAACCUGAAACGUCACAUUCGACUCCAUACAGGAUAUAAGCCCUAUACAUGCAAUAUCUGCUCCAGCAGUUUUACACGAAAAGACGACUUAAAAUUCCAUCUGUUAAAGCAUAAUUAUGAUAAGCCAUACCGUUGCAACCAAUGUGGAAAAGGUUACAUGGAUCGGUCCUGUUUAGCUAAUCAUAUGUUGAACGAACAUAGCUGCAAGUUGAUGCACGUUUGUCCUCAGUGUGGAGAAGGCUUCAAUAAUACACACAUGUUCAUGGAGCACAAGAAAAGUCAUCCAGAACUAAAAGAAUUUCAGUGUAGAUUGUGCAACUUUACUGGAAUCAACUCGCUAAUGUACCAAAAGCAUAUGCUGACCCAUGGCCAUAAAAAGACAUACCGCUGUGAUCCAUGUGAUCUGAGCUUUGAGGAACCGUUUAACUACACAGUCCAUUUGAAGCGCCACAGAAUAGAUCCGUCCUUUUCUUCCUACAUAUGUUGUUUCUGUGACAAUAAACUACCAACUUACAAACAGUUCAUCCGACAUGAGCACUCACAUGCGCAGAAUAAAGCACAUGCCUGUCAAUUUUGCAACAAACAAUUCCGCUACCCUUCUAAUCUCCGUGAGCACAUGGCGGUGCAUGAGCCAAGUGCUGACACGGAUGUGUCACAGCAAUACUGGUGCACUGAAUGUAACCAAGGUUUUGUCUCUGAAGAGCUGUUACGUUGCCAUAUAUUUGAAAUACAUGAGGUAAAUACAAAGAAAGAACCUAUUGACUCAAAAGCUGGAUUAAGCAACUUGAUCACAAAUGAUGUAGAAUCUUCUAGCAGUGAGUCUUUUCCCAGUGGUCAGAUGGAAGCUGACACUACUCAUUCAUCAAGUAAACCAGCAACUUUGGAUAAUAAUGACAUUGAGAUGACUGAAACACAAGAGUUUGGGGAUGCUGUAUCUGGCACAGAUGCAGAGGAAGAUUCUAAUUUAGUUAUUAAUGAAGAAAAUGAUGUAAACCAUGCACAAUCUUCUCAAGAGCUAUUUCCUCGACCACUAUCCAAUGGAGACAUCAAUAUUAAGCAAGAAUAUCCUGAUGAUUAUGAAGAUAGCACCGGCAGCAGUGCAACUUCAGAUGUAAACCUGGCUGAUUCUGUUAAAAACUCAGAAAACCAGAAAGAGUUAAGCCCUUCUUCACCAAUGUCAGAGUCUAAAUUGAAUCGCAAGUCUUCCGGCACUAAACCAUCUUGUUUUGAACGUGUUGUGACCCCUGAAAUUCCUUUCCGCAAUAAUGUCCCUUUCACUUGCAAAAGCUGUGGCGAAGUAUACAAUGACUUUGAUGGCUUUGAAUCCCAUAGCACUGUGGUGCACCGGAGGUAUGUGUGUGAGUACUGUGGAAAAAUUUUCACUUCAAAACCAAACCGAGAGCGCCAUGUUCGUUACCACACUGGUGAACGACCCUACAGGUGUGACCUCUGUGGACAAUCAUUCUUCAGAGGAGAUGACCUCAAAUAUCAUCGCACCACUCGGCAUUCAGAUGUCCGACCAUUUAAAUGUAAAAUCUGUUCACUGUACUUUUCCUGGCCUAAGGAUUUGAACCGUCAUCUAAAGACUCACAGCAUCACUGAAGUUUGAAAGUUAUUUUUAAAUAUAUUUGUUUCAAUUAGUUUCUCUCUCUCCUCUCUCUCUCCCUCCCUGAGUGUGUAUGAGUGUCUAGCAGUGGAAACUGCUUUUAAAGUGCUUCAGCUAUUACUGACCACCACAAUGUUUGUCUCCAUCACUAUUGAAAUGUUGGUUGACUAGUAGGGCAAAUUUAUUUUGUGUGAAUCAGCAAAUACGAGCCUUAGUUUUUGAAUGAUUUUUACCUACCAUUCUUCUUUCCCCUGGGUGCAUCAUUGCAAAUACUAGGAGGGGUUAUUAACCUUCAUCUCACUUGUAUGCUGAGUCCCCUUUUAUAUCUUUGCAUUUGGGUAGUUCAUUUAAACUAUAUUUUCAAAAUGUCAAUUGUUAUUUUCAUUAAAAUGACAGCUGAUAGAAACUAAGUUCUACAAAGUUGUCCCCUUCCUCGUUAUGUUCUGAGUUUAAGCCUUGCUCAGAUCAAUCUUGUCAUCAUUCUGGGAUGAAGAAAAUAAGUAACUCCAACAUUUCUGGCCUUGUAUCAAUACAGAAAUCAUUAAGAUGAAGUGGCAGAAACAGUGUAGUGCCUUGUGGUAUUUAGUUACAUAUCUUUGCUGUUUGUCCUUUAUGGUUAAUAAAAACCAGUUUUACUGGAAGUUGUUUAACUAUAACCAUUUUUCUACAAAUCAACGGCCUUGUGUCAAUCUAAGGAGUGACCAUUAUUAAAAUAUCAAUUUCUACACUUGGCAUUUAUUUUAUUUUCCAUAAUUUAUCAAGAAAAAUAUAUUUAAAAAGAUCUUAUCCUUAUUUUAAUUUUAUUUUUUAAUUAAUUUAUGGAAUUAGACAACCACCACUUAUCUCUUCCCUACCCAUUUCUAAAGGCUCAAUUUGAAAUUCCUAUUUUUGGUGCUCUGGUGGCUGCUAAGUUUCCAUAAAUUGCCCAUUCACUGUUACCAUUCCAGGCAGCUGUAAAAGAUAAACACAAAAAAUCAGUAGAUCUAUAUAUAUGUGUGUGUGUGUGUGUGUAUAUAUAUAUAUAUAUAUAUAU